GUGGUAUUGGGAAUCAAAUCCAGGUCCUCAUGCUUGCCAGGUGGACACUUAAAUUGCUGAGCGGUCUCCUCAGCCAAGAAGAACAUCCUAAGUUUUUAGGUUACUUCGUCAUAGACAGCUGAAUCUAUAUCUAAUUUAAUCUUGAAACAGACACUGUAUGAGGUUAAGGCUACAUGUUUUUCCAAGUCACGACUUUUUGGCAGAAUACCGGUUAAUAGUUAAUAUACAAGACAGAAGAAAAAGAUGUCAUUCCGUAAAGUAAACAUUGUCAUCGUGGUCUUGGCCGUUGUCCUCUUCUUACUGGUUUUGCAGCGUAACUUCCUUGGCCUGAGCAGUUUGCUGAGGAAUGAGGCUUCAGAUUCAGGGUUUCUGGGACUUGAGCCUAUAGACUUUGUUCCAAAUGCUCCCAGCCACGCAGUAGAUGGGAAACAAGAUGAGAUCCCUGUGGUCAUUGCUGCAUCUGAAGACAGGCUCGGAGGGGCCAUUGCAGCUAUAAACAGCAUUCAGCACAACACUCGUUCCAAUGUGAUUUUCUACAUUGUUACGCUUAACAAUACUGCAGACCACCUUCGGUCAUGGCUUAAUAGUGGUUCCCUGAAAAACAUCAGGUACAAAAUUGUGAAUUUUGACACUAAACUUUUGGAAGGGAAAGUAAAGAAAGAUCCUGACCAGGGGGAGCCCAUGAAACCAUUAACUUUUGCAAGGUUCUAUUUGCCAAUUCUGGUUCCCAAUGCAAAGAAGGCCAUAUACAUGGAUGAUGAUGUAAUUGUGCAAGGUGAUGUUCUUGCCUUGUACCAUACACCUCUGAAGCCAGGACAUGCGGCUGCAUUUUCAGAAGACUGUGAUUCAGCCUCUACUAAAGUUGUCAUCCGUGGAGCAGGGAACCAGUACAAUUACAUUGGCUAUCUUGAUUACAAAAACGAAAGA